AUUGCGCGUGAGUAGCUUAGUGGGACAAAUCAGCCAGGGCAGAAGGGAGCAAAGCAUGCGGAUCGGCGUACUCUGACGUGGGACCACCGGGAGCAGAGUGACCCUCCCCGGCUCCUGCGAUGUCUGGCCGUGGUGCGGCUGCACAUUCCAAGCAAGCCCGAUGCCUCAAUUACAAUUCAUUUCCGUGAUUUCCUCGCAUGGGAACUCGACCCUUUGAGACACUGACACAUUUGGAUGCAAGUUCAGGGAGGAUGAUUAACGUCUGCGGUCAAGUACAACGUGGAAGAAAGUUAUUUGCCAGCAGCACAAAACGCCAAAAUGGCUUCGUAACUCCGAGAGGAAAGUAGCUGGAGUCCUCUAAUGUAUAAAUUCUCUGUAGAGAAGUGCACCGCAGUUCAGCACAUGGAAAUACUACCGAUUCAGGGAAAUAGUUAAUAAUAAAAACACGGCGACGUGCAUGUCUCACAAGCCAGACUGGAGACUUUUCCGCCGUUUUGCGGUACUUCGUCUAGAUGUCUUUGCAGAAUAAAAGCACUGCUGAGUGAAAUAACGGUAAGAUGCGGCACCAUUGCGAUUCCCCGGGACGCGCCUGCCAGCCGCUGUUUGCCCUGCUCCUUUUAUUCGGACUCAGGAUAUUACCUGCAUCCCCACAUCCACAGUGCCUGGAUUUCAAGCCCCCAUUUAAACCACAGGAUACUCUCGUGUUUUGCGUAAUGUACACGGACUUCGGCUGCUGUGACUCUCGCAAAGAUCGGGAACUGAGGGCGAAAUUUUACGAGAUCAUGGACAAUUUCGACAGUCAGGGAUAUGCCAGUUGCGCGGGAUAUGUUCAGGAGCUUAUAUGUCAGGAAUGUUCCCCGUAUGCCGCUCACCUUUUUGAUGCGGAAGACCCCAGCACCCCUCUUCGCUCUCUCCCGGGACUCUGCCCAGACUACUGCUCCCGCUUCUGGCUGAGGUGCCGCUCGGUCAUUACCCUCCUCUCCAACAACACCAGCCUGGAGGGUCUGGAGGCCGACAAGCAUCGCUUCUGUAGGUACCUGGAGCUGGACGAUGCAGACUACUGCUAUCCCCACCUGCUGAGCAAUCCGCAGCUGACCAAGGACCUGGGCCGAGUCACGGCCAAUGAGGAAGGCUGCUUGCAUUUGUGCGUCGAGGAAGUGGCCAAUGGGCUGCGCAACCCUCUGGCCAUGGUCCACGCCAACGAUGGCACUCAUCGGUUCUUUGUGGCGGAGCAGGUAGGCCUGGUCUGGGCCUAUCUGCCAGAUCGCUCCCGGCUGGAGAAGCCAUUCCUAAACAUCACAAAGACAGUGCUGACUUCGCGGUGGGAGGGCGAUGAGCGAGGCUUCCUGGGCCUGACCUUUCACCCCUACUUUAAGUACAACGGCAAGUUGUACGUUUAUUACUCGGUGAAGGUGGGCCGCCAGGAGAGGAUCAGAAUCAGCCAGUUCCGCAUUUCCUCCAGCGAUAUGAACGUGGUAGACCAUAAUUCAGAAAGGGUUAUUUUAGAAAUUGAUGAACCGGCAUCAAAUCACAAUGGAGGCCAGGUGCUGUUUGCAGACGACGGCUACUUGUACAUCUUCACUGGGGACGGAGGCAUGGCUGGGGACCCUUUCGGCAAAUUCGGGAACUCGCAAAACAAGUCCACCUUGCUGGGCAAGGUUCUCCGCGUUGAUGUGGAUCACAACGAUAGGGGGCCGCCAUACAAGAUUCCGUCGGACAACCCCUUCCUGCGGGAGCCCGGGGCGCGGCCGGAGGUGUACGCCUACGGCGUGCGCAACAUGUGGCGCUGCUCAGUGGACCGCGGCGACCCCACCACCAAGGAAGGAAAGGGCAGGAUCUUCUGCGGAGACGUGGGACAGAACAAAUAUGAGGAGGUUGACAUCAUCGAAUCGGGGAAGAACUAUGGCUGGAGGGCCAAAGAAGGCUUCUCCUGUUAUGACAAGAAGCUGUGUGCCAACAGCUCCUUGGAUGAUGUCCUACCCAUAUUUGCCUACCCUCACAAACUGGGCAAGUCGGUGACUGGGGGGUAUGUGUAUCGUGGCUGUGAAAACCCCAACCUGAACGGCAUGUAUGUAUUUGGAGACUUCAUGAGUGGGCGCAUGAUGGCUCUCCAGGAGAACAAGGUAACAAACCAGUGGGACGACCAUGAGAUCUGCAUGGGCCAAGGUCUGACCUGUGCUUUUCCGGGCCUCAUCAACAACUACUAUCAGUACAUCAUCUCCUUUGCUGAGGAUGAGGCAGGAGAGUUGUAUUUCAUGUCCACCGGUGUCCCGAGUGCAGCAUCGCCUUCAGGUGUUGUGUACAAACUGAUCGAUCCCUCACGGCGAGCACCGCCAACAAAAUGCCAGUACGAACCCCUUCCAGUCAAAGUGAAAGGCAACCUCAUUAAAUUCAAACCGAAGGAAACUCUGAUUGGGGUGGCGAUUCCGACCAAGCAUUCCAAGCUGGCCCGUAUGGCGAGACCAUCCAAGGCGGCCGUGACGCCACCUGCACCCAGCCAGGCCACCACCGACCGGUUCCUUAAAAUGGCGCAGCUGCUCACAGAAGCAGGGACUUCGGGGAAGACCAGCCCCGCCAGCACCACCCCUGCCUCGAGAAGGAGCACCCCUCCCUUAAGGAGAACCACCCCGGGCACCCCCACCCCUGCUUUUCGGAGGAGCACUCCCUCCACGAUCACUACCGCCCCGGCUAAGUCACGCAAGCCCACCAAGGCACGCAAGGGCCGGCGCAGGAAAGGCAAGCACCGGAACGGGGCCCUGCGUCUGGCCGGCCAGCCGGAGGGGAAGCCAGACCGUGGGAGGGUGGAGAUCUUCGUAGACGGCGAAUGGGGUACGGUUUGUGAUGACCUCUGGGACCUGCGCAGCGCCGGCGUGGCCUGCAGGCAGCUGGGCUUCGGCGUGGCGCUAAGGGCCGCCAGGCGUGCCGAAUUCGGCGAAGGGCGGCGACUGCGCAUCCUGCUGGACGACGUGCAGUGCCAGGGCUCGGAGGCGAUCCUCCUGCAGUGUCAGCACGCCGGCGUGGGCCAGCACAACUGCGGGCACCACGAGGACGCGGGGGUUGUGUGCGGGAACGCCGACUCUGCAAAGCCCAGUAACUCCGCUUAGGGGGGCCACUGCCACCAGCUUUGCGGGACAGAGCUGGGGCGUGGAGUUUCGGCCUGGAGGUGUGCCUGCCACAGCACGGGCCGGUAAAAGCAUGCUAGACGGAUAGCCCUGUGUUAGCAUAAGGCACUAACAGACUUGUACAUACACACUGUUCAAGCAUGCUAGGCUAGUGUAUACAGCUGAUCAUGUACCACUUCUUAACCUAAUACCUUCAUAAAUAGCAAAUAAAUGCACAUUUUAUCCA